GUGUGUGCGUGCGUGUGUGCGUGCGUGAGUGAGAGCGAGAGAGAGAGGAAGAGAGUCUCAUCUGUCUGAAGUCAUUCACUGAAGGAGCAGCGUUAUUUCUCCUGAUGUGAGCAACUGAGACACUGAUCAGACUCUCAGUAAGAGUGUGAUUUGAUCUCCCGGACUGAAGCAGCAUGGUGAAGUUGUUCACUGAAGAGGUUUCUCUCUUGUCGCUCAGUAGGAAGUGAAAACGAUCGUUUGCUUGCUAUGUUUGUAGGUCGAGGGUGUUUUUAUCACCUCCCCUCAUAAAGUUCUUCAUUCUGCCUGGCGGACAUCAAGAAAAAGAAGCGACAUUAUGUUCCAGUGAUGAGCGUUGUUGGCAUGGUCUCAGCCCCUCGAGAAGUUCAUGGGAAAACGUUGCUGAGGGGAAGGACCUGAGGGGAGAGGACAGCAGAGGAGCUUUUCACCAGGAGAGGAUGUGUCUGGAGUUAGGAGAGAUGACAGCUCCAUCCCAAGCUGAAUAAACCUUAAGCUGUUGGAGCUGAGCAGGUGUGAAGGAGGUGCCACAGCUGGAUGUUUCUGAAAGUGCUGGAGGUGAGGAGGCUGAGCUCAGCGGCUGCCAGGCUGCAGCUAUGGUCUUUGAAGCGAGAUUUCCUCCCUCCUCGUCAGUGACAUUGCCGUUUGUCUCACCAUGCUGGAAGACCCCAUCCCAACCUCCUUCUACAUCGUCCUGGAGCUGCUGAUUGCUGUUUUCUCCGUGUUGGGCAAUGUGCUGGUCUGCUGGGCCGUGUGCCUCAACAGUAACCUGCAGAGCAUCACCAACUUCUUUGUGGUGUCCCUGGCGGUGGCUGACAUCGCCGUUGGCGUCCUGGCCAUUCCUUUCUCCAUCGUCAUCAGCACCGGCUUCUGCUCCAACUUCUAUGGCUGCCUGUUCAUUGCCUGCUUCGUGCUGGUUCUCACACAGAGCUCCAUCUUCAGCCUGCUGGCCAUCGCUAUAGACCGCUACAUUGCAAUCAAGAUACCGCUCAGGUACACCAGCUUGGUGACUGGUCAGCGGGCACAAGGCAUCAUCGCCAUCUGCUGGGUUUUAUCCAUCAUCAUCGGUCUGACCCCCAUGAUGGGCUGGCACAAGCUGUCCGAGAGCAUCGAUAGCACCGAGAGCACCAACAGCACGGUCUGCCCGCCCGGCCUGAUGAGGUGCCUGUUUGAGGGGGUGGUGGUCAUGGAGUAUAUGGUCUACUUCAACUUCUUUGCCUGUGUACUGAUUCCCCUGCUGCUGAUGCUAGCCAUCUACCUGUGUAUCUUCAUGGCCGCUCGCCACCAGCUCAAGCUGAUCGAAGUGAAAGCAGUUCAUGGAGAGAAGUCGCGCUCCACGCUGCAGAAAGAGGUCCAGGCUGCCAAGUCUCUGGCCAUCAUUGUUGGGCUGUUUGCAGUGUGCUGGUUACCUUUACACAUCAUCAACUGCUUCACCCUCUUCUGUCCUCUGUGCGCUCGUCCUCCGGCCUGGAUCAUGUACGUGGCCAUUAUUCUUUCCCACGCCAACUCGGUGGUCAACCCCUUCAUCUACGCCUACCGCAUCCGGGAGUUCCGACAAACCUUCCGCAAGAUUAUCCGGCGUCACAUCUUGGGCCAGCAGGAGCUGUUGGAGAGUGGCAGCAGUAAAUGCAGCUCCAUCAGACUCAAGGCAAACAGCCUCAGCUUUGACUUUUUCACUGAACACAGCAGCAGCAGCAGUAGCUGUGAAAGCUCUUAUCGCUGCCCUUCUCACAUCUCUGUAGGGGGCGGUCUGGUGGCAGUGUCCCGCCCCCCUCUGUCAGUCAUCAUCUCCCACUGUCCUAAGAUGGGCUCUUGUCCACUUCAAGCCCUCCGACAGACUCAAAUCCCCAUUGGCCAGUAUGCAGGGCAGCAGCAUGACUGUGCUGGACCAGAAGUCGUGGAGGAUAAGGACAAACAGAACCUCGACUCCGGCCAGGUCACAUCAUUGUUGAUCAAGCAGAACAGAAAGAGCUGCUUCAGUGAGCUGGCAAAGGUGUCCUGACGCAUGUACAUUCACUGACAUUCAGGAGUCUUGCAGUAACAUGUCAACAUCAGCUCAGCGGCAGCUCACAUCGGUUCGGGAUAAAUCCUGAUCCGCAAUGGAAGCGGAAGAACUGUAAAUGGAUAUUGGACAACGGAUGUUACUGAGAUAACUUAAAUGUCCUUGCCACGAGAAACCCUCCAGUAUUUAAACACAGUGCCUUGUUCAUUUAAACCAGGCUAAAAGUAGAAAUGCACCGCUAGAGUCUCAAAGAGGUUGUGCUGCUUCAUGACACCCCACAUGACCAGGAAUGAUUUAAAACGACUUAGUGACUUUAAGGUGCAGGCACUUCACACAUCACAAAUGGCCCUGCAUUAAUUUCAACAAAUAAGAUUACUGAAUGCUUUGUCUUCGCAAAUAGCUUGAAUUCAAUAGAAAUGCACUCUGACCAGGGAAAUUGCGUGACCCACCAAAGCUUAGGCAAUAUGAAGAGAAGGGAUGGUAUGGCAUCUCACUCUCUUAAAACAUUAAGCAUCGAAAAAAAAACAUUGAUUGUGGCCUUUUUUAGGAUGUCUGACUUUGUUUAACUGCAGGUUGAAGUAAUAUACCAUGGUAUUUGAGUAUUUCAUCCAGCCAUUUCUGGUCUGAAUGGGCCUUUGGCUGAAGACAAAGACAUAAUAUCUAAGGGGACAUAUCAUAAAAAACUCUCUUUUUCAGUGCUUGUCCACAUAUAUUUGGGUAUCUGGAGUGCCUACUAACCCACAAACUGUGAAAUAAGACAACCCACUCAGUUUUUUGUGGGCUGCAUAAAUCAACAACAUCACAUUUGGCUCCCCUUCCUAUGUCACAUGCAGGCCAAUUAGAAUAUACCGGCCACAACUUGGGCCUUUCUCAAACCGAACCUUACCCACUCCCACUCCAUGACGGAGUGAACUCUAUUUGUCGUCACACUCACAGCUGAAUGAAGCACCCUUCUUGAAGGUGGAGGGUAUAAAUGCAGUGGCAAGCUUUGGGACAAACUUCUCUCUCUCCGACGGAAACUGAAGCAACGUUUUGUAACCAUGGUUUCGUAUCAAGUGGAGGGGAUGUGCAAAGGUUCACAAUAUUACAAAUCUGCAAUAUACACAGAAACUAAAAAUAAAAAAAUAAAACUUACUCCAGUGCUUCUGCAGUGGAAUUUCUUUUCUUUUUUUGUAAACAUCUUCUCGUUUUUAACAGAUGUUAAAUGAGCUGCUUGGUUUUUGUAACAAUUUUAUAAUCAAAUGAACACGUCUACCGUUUGCUAGACUAGAAAAGGGUAGAUUUCAUCCUAAAUACGAUGUGAACUUAAAUUGUUGAAUAUAUAUUUAGUUUGAGCAGUUUACAUUUGUAUGGAGCGUGUUCCGUGACGAACACAAAACGCCAUUGCACAUAACCAGAAAAUUGGCAUUAAAGCAUGUAAACAUGUUCUAGAAACCCCAAAUACAGGAAAUGAGUAUGAUAUGUCCCCUUUAAAUUAUUGGUACAUUUUUAAAAAAAAGUUUCUUCAGGGAUGUUGAUAUAAUGGAUUUCACAUAAAACUACUACCAUGGAUCAUGGGCAGAGGGUUAUUUGCAGCAUUGCACCAUCAUGUGCACCACUUUUAGAUGCAGUGCAUCCUGAGGACCUGCAUGGCCACAGACAGCAUCACCAACCUGCUUCACUAGUUCACGCUCAUUUGCAGAAAGUUAAACAUUUUUCACAUUCUGCCUAUUAUCCAUUCUCUCACAUUGUAAUUCAACUUCAUGGCAUAGAUUUAUGUGCGUUCCAACAUAAAAUGAAUGGGUUCUAAUUGGACUAAAAAACAAGAACAGUACUUUUACUAGCGACAGAUUGGUUCAUGUUUCUGUCAAUAGCAAUGUAAUGUUUCACAUGUUUGAAAGCGAAGGCCCUAAAGUCUGUAACACAAUGCUGAAAUGUACUCUUGUAUUUUUGUUUGACUGGACUAAUUUAAGUUAUAUUCAUGUAAAUGUUGACUUCUGAGAUAGUGUGGUGAAUGAUGGGAAAUACUUAUAAGAGGAUUGUGAAUGAUUCUAUUUCAGACUUAAAUCAAACUCAUGGAAGAAGUUGUGUUUAUUAUUUUUCAUGAUGAAUGUUGCCUUCUGUGUUAUCACAAGCAGGUCAAUUCUUUAAAUAAAUCCCUUUACAUGUUCAA